ACCCCACAUCACCGUGACGACGGAGACGGAGGCAGCGCGAAGGAAAGAGAGGGACUGUAUUUUUCCCAAGCCAGAGAGAACUAUGUCCCCCUCUAGUGGCAGAGCCAGAGAAGACGGCCUGCAGGAUGGAAAACACUCCGGAGACCCCAUCCCUUCUGAGAAAGACGGAGAGACGGAGAGAGAGAGAGAUCAGUUAAAGGAAAAGGAGCAGGAGAGGGAAAGGGAUAAAGAACGGGACAGAGAGCGGGGGAAAGAGAGAGAAAGAGAGAGGGAACACAGCCGUGCUUCUGACAAAGAUAUGGACAGACCGAGAAAGAUUCCCUCUUCCUCUCAGCGGCCGGAGAGGAGAGAGAGAGAAGGAGAGAGGACUGGGGAGAGAGGGAUCGAACACAUCAGUGAGAAGAGCUCCUCUCAGCGGCCGGAGAGGAGAGAGAGAGAAGGAGAGAGGACUGGGGAGAGAGGGAUCGAUCACAUCGGUGAGAAGAGCUCCUCUCAGCGGCCAGAGAGGAGAGAGAGAGAAGGAGAGAGAGGGAUCGACCACAUCGGUGAGAAGAGCUCCUCUCAGCGGCCGGAGAGGAGAGCGAGAGAAGGAGAGAGAGGGAUCGACCACACCAGUGAGAAGAGCUCCUCUCAGCGGCCGGAGCGAGAGAGGAGAGAGAGAGAAGGAGAGAGGACUGGGGAGAGAGGGAUCGAUCACAUCGGUGAGAAGAGCUCCUCUCAGCGGCCGGAGAGGAGAGAGAGAGAAGGAGAGAGGACUGGGGAGAGAGGGAUCGAUCACAUCGGUGAGAAGAGCUCCUCUCAGCGGCUGGAGCGAGAGAGGAGAGAGAGAGAAGGAGAGAGGACUGGGGAGAGAGGGAUCGAUCACAUCAGUGAGAAGAGCUCCUCUCAGCGGCCGGAGCGAGAGAGGAGAGAGAGAGAAGGAGAGAGGACUGGGGAGAGAGGGAUCGAUCACAUCAGUGAGAAGAGCUCCUCUCAGCGGCCGGAGCGAGAGAGAAGAGAGAGAGGAGGAGAGAGGACUGGGGAGAGAGGGAGCGACCACAGCAGCGAAAAGAGCUCCUCUUCCUCCUCACACUCUUACUCACGAGAUCGUAAACCUUUUUCUUCUUCCAGGGACCACAAAGCGACCUCUGACCCCAGAGCCAGGGAGCACAGAGACCACAAACAUAAAGACCACAACGACCAGAAAUCCUCCACCGUUGACCAUAACACCAACUCUACUGACCGUAGACCACUAGACGACCAGGAGACCAGCAGAGAACACAGAGACCGCCUCGACCCCAAACACAAAGACCACAGAGAGCAAGGCAGUGCCUCUCCCGUCUCCAAGAGAGCCCCACCCCCAUCGGACCCCUCCUCCAGCACCCAGAGAUCUCAGGGAAGCUCUGAGCCCACCAGACCUAGCGAAAGCAGCCCUGGCAGGGACACGAAGCAGGACAGAUACCCCUCUCCUCAGGUCUACAUCUCCGUGGAGAACCAGCCCGGGAGGGGGAAGGCUGAGGGAGAAGAGCCCAGAGUAGAGCGCUCCUCAGAGGGGAGACAGAGCCAGCAGGCCAGCCUAGGAAACCUAGAGAAGGAGAUGAGUGGUGGAAAACCCCACCAACACCCAGCCUCACUCCUACAGCCCCCCAGGACUGACAACAGGGCAGGGGUGCCCCGAGCUGUCAGAGAGAGAGAGAGAAAGAAAGAGAGAGAGAGGCAGAUGCAAAAGAUGAGGGAGAAGAUGGAGGAGAGAGAUGAGGAGGGAGAUAAAGAUGUCAAUAGGGAGAAGGAGAGAGAGAGAGGGGUGGAUAGGGAGAAGGAGAGAGAGAGAGGGGUCGGUAGGGAGAAGGAGAGAGAGAGGGAAAACCCUAAAGUCAGACCCCCUCCCUCGGUUCCUUCUUCCAGACCCCCUCCCUCGGUCCCUUCUUCCAGACCUCCCUCGGUCCCUUCUUCCAGACCUCCUCCCUCGGUCCCUUCUUCCAGACCUCCUCCCUCGGUCCCUUCUUCCAGACCUCCUCCCUCGGUCCCUUCUUCCAGACCUCCUCCCUCGGUCCCUUCUUCCAGACCUCCCUCGUCUUCCAGACCUCCUCCCUCGGUCCCUUCUUCCAGACCUCCUCCCUCGGUCCCUUCUUCCAGACCUCCUCCUGACCUGGUCAGAGAGACUGAUGAGGCCUUCGAACCUGACUACAGCGAGGGAGAGAUCUCAGAGGGGGAGGAGGAAGGAGAGAGAGCGCUGGAGGGAGAGAGAGCGCUGGAGGGAGAGAGAGCGCUGGAGGGAGAGAGAGCGCUGGAGGGAGAGAGAGCGCAGGAGGGAGAGAGAGCGCAGGAGGGAGAGAGAGCGCAGGAGGGAGAGAGAGCGGAGCUUGGGGGUGGCAGCGGCAGAAGUCGUAGCAGCAGCGCCAGCUCUGUCGGUAGCCCGGGCAACAAGAAAGACAAGAAGAAGAAAGAUAGAAAAGAGAAGAAGAAACAGAAGAAGAAGAAGAAGAAGAAAGAUAGAAAGCAGAAGAGACAGGGGAGCCUGGACGCUGAGGAGGGAGAGAUCACGGGACUGAAACACAAACACAAGAAGAAGAACAAGGAGAAAGAGGACAAUGAGAGAGAAGACGAAGAGGAGGAGGAGAGAAGAGGAGAAGACCAAAUGGCUCGCGUAGCCUUCUGAGACGUUUUCGUUGUGAAGCGUGUUCGUCACGUUUCAGCCCAAGGCUCCUGGCCCCUAAAACCUUAUUCCCUAACUAGUGCACGACUUAAGGACAAGCCUCGUGUACUAAGAAGGGAAUUCGGGUGCCAUUUUUGGAGGAAAGAGACUUGUUUUUCUUCCCUCCUGUCAGUGAACAGAAAGGUCCUCAGAGAGGCAUCACACAUAGCCUGUGUUCCAAAUGCCUCUUCCCUAUAUAGGGCCCCUAUGUAGGGAACGUGGCUGUCGUUUGUGACGGGACACCCGUAGUGGAGAUCGUAAAGAGGACUUAAACCGCUCUGCAAGCUUGUUCACUCUAGUUCAACACUUUAACUAAGGGGGAUGUUUUUUUUUGUUGUUUUUUUUUGCUGAGGAUUUGAAAUAAUUUAAUGAAUUUAAAGGCUGAUGUAUAAAAUAAAUAUAUAAUUUUUUCUUUAUAGACUCUGCUCAACAGAGUUUGCUUGAAUGAUGCUUCGAACUUUUGAUUUCUAUUUUUUUUUGUGUGUGUUUAAAAAUAAAUAAAAGGAUGUAAUUGCUAAACCUUGGUUUGUCCCUCCAGUCCCCCCGUCCACCCCACCCACCCCCCAGGUCUUCAUUGAAGAGUUUCUACGACCUGGGAUGUAUCCCAUAUAGCAACCAGUUCCCUAUGUAGUGGACUAUAUACAGAAUAGUGAAGCGUUAUGGACACACACACACACAAUAUAUACCAUCUUAUUAGAGAUGUAUUCUAGAGUGAAAACACCAUCUUUUCAUAUCAGAUAUAUGUUCUCUAGAGUGAAAAUAGCAUCUAUAUACAUUCUCUAGAGUGAAAAUAGCAUCUAUAUACAUUCUCUAGAGUGAAAAUAGCAUCUAUAUACAUUCUCUAGAGUGAAAACGUGUAGGAGGAGGACAAAAAGCACUAUGGAGAUGUUAAUGAAUGUUACUCUGCUGUCAAUAGACUGAGCUAGACUGACCUAGAGGUAGUUGUGGGUCUAUAUUACUCUGCUGUCUACAGACUGAGCUAGACUGACCUAGAGGUAGUUGUGGGUCUAUAUUACUACUCUGCUGUCAACAGACUGAGCUAGACUGACCUAGAGGUAGUUGUGGGUCUAUAUUACUCUGCUGUCUACAGACUGAGCUAGACUGACCUAGAGGUAGUUGUGGGUCUAUAUUACUACUCUGCUGUCUACAGACUGAGCU